UCCUUGUCAUUUUUCUGUAACCGUGGGUCUGGUUUGUGGUGCUUGCCCAGCCCUCCUGUCGCUGUGGGUCCUAGGGUAUCGAGUGCUCUCAGUGCCUGUUGAUUAAAGCCCAAAUACCUUCAGUCAGAAGGCUGGGCACUGGAAAGGAAGACCGCAUAGGGGCCUGGAGUGGCUGAGAGAAGAGGCAAAAAACUCCUCACUUAUGGCUGUUUAGUGCAAUUAUCCAUCACAUUUGGGAUUGUGGAAGGGACGUAAUUUAAAAUCACUUGAAGUCGCCCAAGUUUUAUUCACUUUUGUGGGCACCGACCAUGGAGAUGCAAAGGUGGUCCACAAGGUGGAAAACGAAAAGGUGGCUUAUGGAUUCCACUAUUACCGCAUUCAUCACUUUAACCCUGGUUCUACAGGCUACACAUGUCAGAGCAGCAGCUGAACCAGUGGACGUGCUAAAAGUAUUAGAAUUUCACAAUGCACCUGAAGGAGUUAGUAGAACAUCAGGGUUUUGCACAAACCGAAGAGCAUCUAAGCCGGACACAGCCUACAGAGUUGGAAAACAGGCCCAGAUCAGUGCCCCCACCAAGCAGCUAUUCCCAGGGGGUGUGUUUCCUGAGGACUUCUCCAUCCUGACCACCCUGAGGCCCAAGGCCGGCAUCCAGUCCUUCCUGCUGUCUGUUUACAGUGAGCAGGGCGUCCAGCAGCUGGGGGUGGAAGUGGGCCGCUCACCCGUCUUCCUGUAUGAGGACCAGAGCGGCAAGCCCGCUCCAGAGGACUACCCCCUCUUCCGCUCUCUCAACCUGGCUGACGGGAGGUGGCAUCGUGUGGCCAUCAGUGUGGAAAAGCAGCAGGUCACCAUCAUCGUGGACUGUAAGCAGAAGAUCUCCAAACCUCUCCUCAGGAGUGGCCAGUCCUCCAUCAACACCAAUGGCAUCACUGUGUUCGGAACCAGAAUAUUGGACGAGGAAGUCUUCCAGGGUGACAUCCAGCAGCUGUUGAUUGUGGCCGAUCCUAAAGCAGCAUAUGACUACUGUGAACACUACAGCCCCGACUGUGAAACUCCCCACGGCCAGUCACUGCAGGCCCAGGAGCCAGAGAACGAGUACACUACAACUGAUGAUUUAGAUUACACUCAGUUCUAUGAUUACUCUGAAGUAGAAGGAGAGACAGAGACUGUUCCAACAAACGAGUACGAGGCCGGUAGUGACCCUCAGCUAAACAAUGUAGACGGAGAGUACACAGACUAUACUGAAAGUGAGCUUGACUACGGAACUGUAGAGGGUACUCAAACUCAGUCUCCCAUUGCCACCAGUGGACCAAAUCAGGCUGUGGAGGAGGAGGAGAUUGUUGCCGGUGACUAUGUUUUCACCGGAGCCACCCCGCUGGGCCAGGAGCCCACCGGGGCGCCCGAGGCCGGUCCGGACGCCGAGGACCCCGGAGCGGACGCGUAUGACUUUAAGGAGUAUGACGUAGGGGCCGAGUUGGGCAAUAAGCAGUAUGAGUAUGAGGUGUACGAUGAGUACCCCAACCCCACGGUUACCGCCGAAGAAGAGGUGGGGCUGGGGGUUCCCGCCGAAACGGAGGAACUGACCCAGACUGCCGUGGUCGGUGGAGGGGAGAAAGGAGAGAAGGGCGAGCCCGCCGUGAUUGAACCUGGCAUGCUGAUUGAAGGACCUCCAGGACCAGCGGGCCCAGCUGGUCUCCCAGGCCCCUCUGGUCUACAAGGACCUCCUGGUGUUGCUGGAGAUCCUGGUGACAGGGGUCCCCCAGGGCGUGCUGGCCUCGCAGGAGCUGACGGUUUGCCAGGUCCUCCUGGUACCAUGCUGAUGCUGCCAUUCCGUUUUGGAGGGGACGGAGAGAAGGGCCCUGUGGUGUCGGCUCAGGAGGCCCAAGCCCAGGCCAUCCUGUCCCAGGCUAGACUCGCUAUGAGAGGUCCCUCAGGUCCAAUGGGUCUUACAGGAAGAUCUGGUCCGGUGGGUGUUCCUGGUUCUCCGGGACUUAAAGGCGAUGCUGGUGACCCUGGUCCUCAGGGCCCCAGGGGAAUCCAAGGGGCUCCAGGACAAACAGGCAAAUCCGGCAAAAGGGGUCGUGCUGGAGCCGAUGGUGCCAGGGGAAUGCCUGGAGAGUCCGGCUCUAAGGGUGACAGAGGCUUCGACGGCCUGCCCGGCCUACCUGGUGAGAAGGGACACAGGGGUGAGACCGGACCAAUUGGACCUCCUGGAGCCCCUGGAGAGGAUGGACAAAGAGGUGAAGACGGAGAGAUCGGGCCAAGGGGACUGGCUGGAGAAAGUGGUCCUAGAGGUCUGCUUGGACCACGCGGUCCACCUGGGCCCACUGGCCAGCCUGGUGUGGCUGGAGUGGACGGGCCUCCCGGUCCCAAAGGAAACAUGGGACCUCAAGGAGAGCCGGGACCUCCCGGUCAACAGGGUAUCCCUGGGACACAAGGUCUUCCUGGUCCUCAAGGUCCCAUCGGACCCCCAGGUGAAAAGGGACCUCAGGGCAGGUCAGGGUUGGCUGGUCUUCCUGGGUCGGAUGGGCCUCCUGGCCAUCCUGGUAAAGAGGGUCCGCCUGGUGAGAAAGGAGCCUUAGGCCAGCCAGGUCCACAGGGUCCUAUUGGUUAUCCUGGACCUCGCGGUGUCAAGGGUGCUGAUGGCGUUCGUGGGCUGAAGGGUGGAAAAGGAGAGAAGGGCGAGGACGGUUUCCCUGGUUUCAAGGGAGACAUGGGUCUCAAAGGUGACAGGGGUGAGAUUGGUGUGCUUGGACCCCGUGGUGAAGACGGACCUGAGGGACCCAAGGGUAGGGCAGGCCCCAAUGGAGAGUCUGGCCCAAUGGGUGCUGCUGGAGAGAAGGGAAAACUGGGUGUUCCAGGAUUACCCGGUUACCCUGGAAGACAAGGACCGAAGGGUUCUAGCGGUUUCCCGGGCUUCCCAGGGGCCAAUGGAGAGAAAGGAGCCAGGGGCGUGGCCGGCAAACCCGGUCCAAGGGGGCAAAGAGGUCCAACGGGUCCACGAGGGGGUCGGGGGGCAAGAGGUCCAACAGGCAAGCCAGGCCCUAAGGGCACAGCGGGCAAUGAUGGUCCACCAGGCCCGCCUGGCGAGAGAGGACCUCAAGGACCCCAGGGCCCCGUCGGGUUCUCAGGACCAAAGGGCCCCCCUGGACCACCUGGAAAGGAUGGGCUGCCGGGCCACCCUGGUCAGAGAGGAGAGACGGGAUUCCAAGGAAAGACAGGUCCACCUGGCCCAGGUGGAGUUGUUGGUCCACAGGGUCCAACAGGAGAGACCGGCCCGAUCGGUGAAAGAGGCCACCCUGGACCCCCAGGUCCACCUGGAGAGCAGGGCCUUCCUGGAUCUGCUGGCAAAGAGGGAGCCAAGGGAGAUCCUGGACCCCAGGGAGCAUCCGGCAAGGACGGACCCGCUGGUCUACGAGGAUUCCCUGGAGAGAGAGGUCUACCCGGCGCGUCUGGUCCAGCUGGUUUGAAAGGAGGAGAAGGUCCCCAGGGACCCCCUGGCCCAGUGGGCUCCCCUGGUGAGAGAGGUGCUGCUGGACCUGCUGGGCCCAUCGGUCUGUCUGGUAGAACCGGCCCUCAAGGGCCCCCGGGUCCUGCUGGGGAGAAGGGAGGGCCUGGUGAGAAAGGUCCUCAGGGACCAGCUGGUCGUGACGGAGUCCAAGGCCCAGUGGGUCUGCCCGGCCCCGCCGGACCUCAAGGUCCACCGGGAGAGGAUGGUGAUAAGGGAGAGGUUGGAGAGCCUGGCCAGAAGGGAAGCAAAGCAGACAAGGGUGAACAGGGUCCCCCGGGCCCGGCUGGUCUUCAGGGUCCCAUUGGGGCUCCGGGGCCUGCUGGAGGUGAUGGAGAGCCCGGUCCUCGCGGUCAGCAGGGGAUGUUUGGACAGAAGGGAGAUGAAGGAUCCAGGGGUUUCCCCGGGCCACCUGGCCCCAUCGGUCUGCAGGGUCUUCCUGGACCUCCAGGCGAGAAGGGUGAGAACGGUGAUGUCGGCCCAAUGGGUCCUCCCGGCCCCCCUGGUCCAAGAGGUCCUCAAGGUCCUAGUGGAGCUGAUGGCGCGCAAGGUCCUCCCGGGGGUGUGGGUGCCAUGGGAGGCGUUGGCGAGAAGGGUGAAAACGGUGAAGCUGGCAACCCCGGCACACCUGGAGAGCCUGGAACUGGAGGUCCUAAAGGUGAGAGAGGAGACAAGGGAGAGGCCGGACCACCUGGAGCUGCUGGGCCCGCUGGCGCCAAAGGACCCCCUGGAGAUGAUGGACCCAAAGGCAACCCUGGCCCUGUUGGUUUCCCUGGAGACCCUGGUCCACCCGGUGAAGCUGGUGUUGCAGGAACUGAUGGUACUGCGGGAGAGAAAGGGGAGGAUGGAGAACCUGGUCAGCCUGGCCCUCCUGGUCCUUCUGGUGAAUCUGGCCCUCCUGGUCCUCCCGGAAAGAGAGGCCCCCCAGGAUCCGCCGGUGCAGAGGGUAGACAAGGAGAGAAGGGCGCCAAGGGUGAGUCCGGAGCUGAAGGGCCCCCGGGUAAAACUGGUCCCGUUGGCCCCCAAGGGCCCUCAGGAAAGCCCGGUCCAGAAGGUCUGCGUGGAAUCCCUGGCCCAGUUGGUGAACAAGGACUUCCUGGAUCUUCUGGACAAGACGGCCCACCUGGACCUAUGGGACCCCCUGGUCUCCCAGGACUGAAGGGUGACCCCGGCAGCAAGGGUGAAAAGGGUCAUCCCGGUCUGAUUGGUCUCAUUGGGCCCCCUGGUGAGCAGGGAGAGAAGGGAGAUCGAGGAUUACCUGGCCCCCAGGGGUCUCCCGGAGGCAAGGGCGACGGCGGGAUCAGCGGUGCAGCAGGCCCUCUGGGUCCUCCUGGUCCUCCUGGCUUGCCUGGUCCUGGGGGUCCUAAGGGAGCUAAGGGCUCGACCGGUCCUGCUGGCCAGAAGGGAGACACUGGUGUGAUCGGCCCACCCGGUCCUCCUGGUCCCCCUGGUGAGGUAAUUCAGCCACUGCCCAUUCAGUCGCCCAAGAAGAACCGCCGGCACGCAGAAAUGCAGGCGGAUGCGGCAGGUAGUAUGAUGGACUACGGAGAGGGCAUGGAGAACAUCUUUGGCUCGCUCAACACCCUCAAACUGGACAUUGAGAGGAUGAAGUAUCCCAUGGGAACACAGAAUAACCCAGCCAGGACCUGCAAAGACCUGCAGCUUGCCCAACCAGAGUUCUCUGACGGGGAGUACUGGAUAGAUCCAAACCAGGGAUGCUCAGGGGAUUCUUUCUCUGUCUAUUGUAACUUCACGGCCGGAGGAGAGACCUGCAUCUACCCAGAUAAAAACUCCAAAGGAGUCCCAAUAUCUUCAUGGCCAAAGGAAAUCCCAGGGUCGUGGUUCAGUGAAUUUAAGAAUGGUCAAAUAUUAGCAUAUGUUGACUCAUCGGGCAAAACAAUAAACGAGGUCCAGAUGACCUUCUUGAAACUACUGACUGCCUCGGCCAGGCAGAACUUCACCUAUAACUGCCACCAGUCUGUAGCGUGGCACGACGAGACCACCGACAGCUACGACAAAGCUCUGCGAUUCCUGGGCUCCAACGACGAGGAGAUGUCAUACGACAACAACCCUUACAUCAGGGCAAUCACAGAUGGAUGCGCGACAAGGAAGGGCUAUGGAAAGACUGUGAUGGAGAUUAAUACUCCCAAAAUCGAUCAGGUUCCCAUCAUUGAUGUCAUGCUGAAUGACUUUGGAGAUGCCAGCCAUAAGUUUGGAUUUGAAGUGGGUCCAGUCUGCUUCCUUGGCUAACUAAAAAAUAAACAACAAACACAAAAAACUUGGCGGGGUCAGCAAGAAAGUCAAGACAUUUUGGAUACCACCAAACCCCCCAAACCCAGCCCCCUACCCUUUUCCAUGCCACAUGCAAGUUUUGAAUAAAUAAAUGGUGUAGCAAACAUGUCUUGCCAUGUAUGUAUGUAUUACCCAGGAAAAUACUUGUUGCCCUUGUAGGGCUAGAAUCACAUGACUUAAACCUGUUAUGGAGCAAAGGUGAAGGACAUUUGAAGGCGUGGCAGAAAAAGGUGAAAAGGAGAAAAAAAAACAGGGAGGUGGAGAGGCAAGAGAAAGAGAUCUCUUUUCUGGAUUCUCCAGGUGCUGUACAAAAAAAAUGACUACAAUGGUGCUUGUUCAAAACACAAAAAAUAAAGAGGUGCUAAGAAGGUGUAUUUUGAUAAUAAAAAAAAACUGUAAUUAUUAUUUUGUACAAUACUGUUAUUUCUGAAUCCACUUUCAAAACUUGCAUGUGUAUCAGAAUCGCAUCUGGCUCUUAAUUUUAAUGUUUGUAACAAAAUAUAUAUAUAAGUUAAAGAAAUGAAUAAAGACAGACAGACAGAGAGAAAUAAUUAUGCUAUUUUGUUGAUGAAUAAAUACUGUGUACCUGUUAUGAAGCAAAUAAAAUGAGCAUUCAAACGAUUCCCUAUUUCUAAUAAUAAUGUAUCCCCUUUGUAUAUAUUGACCAUCCAAAGCUCUAGAUUAUUUGCGGUUUUGCCCUUCAAGACCAUAUGUAAAACGACUGGAAGACUCUCACCAGCACAAAAAUAACAACAUAUCCCACUAAUGUUGUGACCCUGUGCUUGUAUUAAGCAAUCAUGGCAUUCAUUCUUUUUUCUUUUAUUUAAGUCUAUUUGUUGUUUUCAUUUUGUUUAGGUUUUUUAUUUUAUUUUGUUUUGGUCGUAUACCUCAAACUUUCUUGAUAACCAUGAAGAUCCGAGGAUGUUAUGCCCUGUAUAUAUCUUGGUUAAACAAUUAAGUUGAUAUAUUUUGGGUGGGGAUUUUUUUUAAGAGAGAAAUACUUAUCGGUUAGCAUCCUCUGUUCAGAUCCUUCUGUGAAUGCAUUGAUAAGCCCUUUAGGUGACCCAUUUUUGUAACUAAAAUGAAAAAAUUGUUUUAAUGUGCUUUUUAUGGUUCAUUUAAAAAAUAAAACUGGAUUCUAAACAACAGUGAACAGAA